AUGGGUGUUCACGGCUUGACGACUUAUCUACGCGAAAAACGACGCACGCUUUCGACAACAACGAUCGUUUCUGGUUCCACGAACUCUCUAGUUCCGGUUGUGGUAGAUGGCUGGUCCUUCAUUUACGAUCUUUACCAGAGUUCCCGUUUGCCUUGGGUUUACGGCGGCGAAUACAUAGAAUUUGUGCGACUCGUUCAAAUUGUUGUUCAAGCUUGGAUCAAAGCUGGAUUGGAAGUGCACUUUGUAUUCGAUGGUGCUUGCCCUGAUCUUAAAUUUGCAACAAUUGUCUCCAGGCUUGGACAAUCCCAUGUUCUACCUGCUCAGCUCUUUUUCCGAACAUCAUCGGCUUCGAGAAGCUCUGGCAGGUUUCUAGGAGAAAAUCGUAUAUUACCCCCUCUCACCUAUUCUGCCUGCCUUUAUGCAUUGGAAGUAGUUCGCCGAACAACGCCAGCUUUGGAGAUCCAUUUCGCUGACGAAGAAGGGGAUCCGUACGCGGUAGAACUGGCCGGCAGACUGGAAGGAUACGUUGUUGGCAACGACUCUGAUUUCGUUAUACUCAAUUCAGAGGGGUAUCGCGGAUACAUACCAUUGGAUGAGUUAGUUUGGCAGCUGCCACCAUCCGAAGCAACAACUCCGACUAAUGAGGUCAACGAUGACUUUCAGACUGUCAAAACAUCCAAAGCAAAGAAGAAGAUCCCGCAGUAUCUUCAACAUGCAGCCGGACUCCUGCCUCCCGACAACACAGAUGGACUAUCCUUGUCAUUCACUUCCUACAGCCCGCAAUCUUUGGCCAAGCACUUGAAUAUACCGGUCACUUUGCUUCCUCUUUUUGGGGCUCUUGUAGGCAAUGAUUUUUCUCGUGAAUCUGAAUCGAGUUCCCGCAAAAUCCAGGGAAUGUUCUUCGAACGCCAUCUCACUCUUAGCCAGCGUAUAGAUAAAGUUGCGAAUAUUAUGAAGGCCGUGGUAUCACCAGGAACUACACCUCGUGGUAAGGCCAAACACCAAGUCGGCAGCGUUAUGGACCUCAUUGAUCGAACCGUGAAUUGUCUUUUGGAUCGGCAGACGGCGGUGAUGGGCUCCGGGGAAAUAGAGUCUAUCAUCGACAAGAUAGUAAAUGCUACACUCCAAUAUGCUAUUCCAAAACAUGAAGGUGAUGUAAUUGGUCGCAAAAGUCUUUGGCCCACGAGCGUUUGCGCGUUACAUAUGCCAGAGUCAUGUCCCAUUCUGCCAAUUAUUUCACAUAACGUUGUGCGCCAGGCCGAAUUAUCUGACCAAGCAGAUCCCAACCUUCUGGAGGCCAGAGGCCAAUUGUUGGAUGCCUACCGCAAUGGAAUGUUGUCUCCGAAAACCAUGGAUAUACUCAACACAGCGUCCUCAUGGCCUCGUCUUUUUCUCGAGAACCCUGACUUAGAAACAGUAGCAAGAAGUCUUGGCAGGCCUAUCCGUGAAUGGAUAUAUGCCAUCUUGCAGGAUAGUUUAGGACUACCCUUCACUGAAGCACCCGAUGGGAGCACAGGAGACAACUCUUCCGCUCCGCAGGAAAGCGACGAUGACGAUGAGCUCAUCGAUGUCGUCGAGUCAGACGAUGAAGGUCAAAUACCUGACUACUUGGCCCCUCUCAGAGGUGAACUUGACCGUCUCCAUUCCGACGAUGAUGCCACAGAACCUCCAGCAUCUAUAAUCUCUCACCGCAAACUGGCCAACACCCCUCCCACAGUAACUGAGUACGUGCGACGAGGGUCGAGAAUAGCUUCAGAGGAAAUCGUUGUCAAAUCGAUUUCAGAUCUAUUGUCGUCUAUCGACCUUGUUGAAUUCGCAGAAGCAGAUGCUCCACCACUCGUUUUACGUUCGGAUGAAGAUCGCCUCACGAUCCUCCUCCGCAUCUUAAAUUCUGACAUACCGUCAGUGCGUUCUCUUACUCCAGAUGUCAUAACAUCGGUACUUGCUCUCAGAUGGGUGGUCAAUACGCUUCAUAGUCGUUGGCAGGAAACAGGAAGCAAAGACCGUGAAAAGGAGCGCUGGAGUAAAAACGAAGCUCGCUGCUUACUUUCCUCGUUUACAUCUUUAAACUCGGUUUCUCUUGGCGAUGUUGGCGACAGUGCUAUGCCUCCUAUUGAGGAUCGGAAUGUCCAACUUACUGCACAGAUAUUAAUGGCACUGGAAUCCAUUGAGCAGCUGUCUCAGUCACUGCUUCUUCUCGAUCGCGUUCCUGGAAAUGCGUAUCAAUUGUCCGGUAAACUGUUUCAUGGGCUUCUAACUGGGACGGCGCCCAUGCUUUCCACACUUCUUCACAGCAGCGUAUGGGCUGCAGUCGAAGAGGGUCUUUCUGAUUGCUUCCAAGAUGAAAGGGCAAAACGACCAAAAAAGCCCAAGGCAGCCAAGGUGCAAACGACCUCAAUUGCGACGAACGGCGCUCGGGCGAAUACGAAAAACAAGGGAUUGUUUUCGAUGUUAGGAGACCUCGAAGAUUGA